AUGAAGGAUGUCCUUCUGAAGCUGGAGCUCUCAGGACCUCUGCUUCUUAUCACUUUACUUCUCGUGCCAUGGCUGAUAAUAGUCAGAGGAAGUCCAACAUUCCGUUGGUAUAAGCAUCGACCUCAGCGCGAGCCUCUACAGCUGUCGCGACUUCCUCAUGAAAUCCUUGUCGAGAUUAUGAAGAAUUUGGAGUGGGACGACGUUUUGAACCUCAGGAAGGUAAUGUAUCCCAUUUCCAAUCCAGCCUUUCACGCUGCCAACACCGAGUUUAGUGCUGCAGGUCGCUCAACCUAG